AUGCCACAAAUUGAACAAGGUGUGUUGUUUAAUUACUUUCUAGUUUUGUUCCUUCUCCUUACGUAUCUUGUGCAUAACGCAGGCUCCACAUUCUCCGCCACGCUCGUGCAAGACUCUCUCAGAUUGGGCAUUGACACCCUCCCAAGCUACGCCUUCAGGUGCGUCAACUCCGCCUCCGGCUGGACCCUCCCGGCCCAAGCCCAGGCCUAUUGGGCUUGGGCCAAGGGCCCUUGUCACUCCCUUCCCAAUCCUCCUGACUCUACUCCGGCAUUAAUUUUCUCUUACUGCCUCCCCAGUUUCCAGUCCUCCUACUUUUCCGGGUCCUUAAAACUCGGGCCCACGGGCCAGCCCAGAAGAAUCCGAACCACCCCGCUCCUCCGAAACCCGCGACGGCCCUCUCUCUACUACGUGAACCUCACCGGCAUCAACGUGGGCCGGGUUAGGGUAUCAUUACCAACCGACUAUCUCGCAUUCGACCCGAAUAAGGGAUCCGGAACCAUCAUAGAUUCCGGUACGGUCAUAACGCGGUUCGUGGGACCGGUUUACAAUGCAAUAAGGGAUGAGUUUAGAUACCAAGUGAAGGGACCGUUCUUCAUCAGAGGGGGAUUCGACACGUGCUUUGUGAAGACCUACGAGAAUUUGCCCUAUGAGAACACCCUCAUACACACCGCCUACGGCGGCAUGGCGUGCUUGGCGAUGGCUGCAGCGCCGAAUAACGUGAACUCGGCGCUAACCAACUUUCAGCAACAAAACCUUAGGGUUUUGUUUGAUACAGUUAACAAUAGGGUUGGAAUAGCGCGUGAGCUUUGUAACUAGCUGGUUGAUCAUGUGUAGUUUUUGUUUGUCUUCUUAAUCGGUACGUUCGUUUUUGUUUGUUUGUUUAAUUUCCUAGGUUGUCUUGGUUUUUGGACCUUGUUUCAAAUGGCUGUGGUGAAUAAGCCGUGUGGGCACUGAUUUGGUUGGCUUUGGAGUUUGGAGUAUUUUCUCAAAAUAAGAUGUGUUGUGGACUUGUGGUACUUCGUGUGUUUUUUGUUUUGAUUAAUUGAUCUUUUUGGUCU